AUGGUAGAAGUUGACGUAGAUGAGGCAGAUGUACUCAUAUUGAGGGACAAUUUGGAUCGAGCUAGCAUAUUGAUGUCAAAAAUCAAUCGCUCUCUCGAUAAGAUAGGCAUGACGACCGCCCAAUCGAGUCGGCUAUUUACUCCAAUUUUAGUCUCGAACACGAAGUUAAAUGUUUUGCAGAGAAAUAUCGAGAGCAGUAUUGACUCAGUGUCAUCCAUCCGUGAUUUAGCGAAUAAUGCUUCCAAACACGAGAUCAUAUUAACUGAAGGCAUUGAGAAGGUUGGUCUUAAAAGUUAUAUCAAAGCUAUCCACACGUUAGAUGACAUUUUAGAGGAUAUGGAUAACCCAAACCAAAACCAUAAUGAUUCUUCUGAAUUUCAAGGUGUUCGCACACAUUUGUUGGAGGUAAUACGUUCUAGCGAAAGUAAUCUAAGAGCGUACUUUACGAGAAUACUCAAUAAAGUUGCACCUUUUGACCCUCAAAUCAACAUGAAUAAGAAGAAACCCUUUCCCUAUUAUGACGAUAAUGACUUACUUCAGGUAAGCGCUAUUCUUGAUUACUUUGACAACUCAGAAAAUUCUUCAAUAAUCGAUCUUUUGAUAACUAACAGAACUGAGCACAUAGCAAAGAGUUUGGGAUUUCUGGAACCCUUCGCAAAACAAAUUACCAGUAAUGAAAAUGCUCCCUAUCGGAAAGGAAGCAGCGGUAUUAUAAACUACACCGAAGCUCUCAUAGGCUUCAUUGCUAAUGAAUUUACUUUAACGGAGGACCUAUAUGCAAAGCAACCAAAUAAUCAGAGACUUGUAUUCACAAAAACCAUUCAACCAGUUUUGAAUAACUAUGUUAAAAUUGUUAAAUUAAAUUUGGAGUUAGUGAAGAAAAAUCUUGCAAAUGUUGGAUUAUUUAGUUUUGAACUCAACGAUUGUAUCACUAACGUGGUGAAAAAUCUGAGGGGAAAACCACUGAGUGACUACUCGCCCCUUUUGAGCUGCAGCAAUGAAACCAAGGCAAUAUCACAAUCUCUAUUCAAGGAGUUAGUUAAAUACAUCGACGUUAAAUCUACAUCCUUAUCACAACUUCCUUCGGAUAAUGGUGUGACUGAAUCAACUGUGGAUGUGAUGUCGAGGUUGCGAAAAUUCAGUGAGUACAAACAGGGUUGCUUACAUACCAUUGUCGGAAUGACUCGUGAGUCCUGGCUACCCAAACAUCACAAUGAUAAAGAGUUUACACUCCAAGGUCAAAUGAAUUCAAGUGAUUCAAAAGCAUUGCUUUCAUGUUUCUUCAGUGAUUGCAUCGAUUGCCUAGUGGUUUCAUUAGAAAGGCAGGCCCAAAGAAUUUUAAUGCCUCAUCAGGAACCGGACAUCGCUAAUUCCAAUAGUUCCAGGAAUACCCAUAAACAGCGUAUUGGUUUUUUUCUUAUAACCAACAUUACUUUAGUCGAGCAGAUAGUGGCAAGAUCUGAGCUAAACUCUAUCCUUGGAGAGCAGGGAAAUACGAGGUUAGAAAAGCUGAAAAAGCGUUAUGUGGACUAUUUCAUUUCUGAUUGGCGAGUUCUCACAUCGAAUCUAUUGGAUGCGGUAUUCGUUGACAGUAGUGGAAAAAUUUCUUCCAAAGACAAGGACCAAAUUAAAGAUAAAUUUAAAAAGUUUAAUGAUGGCUUUGAGGAACUAGCUUCCAAUUUUAAGCAUUUCAAGAUUUCUGAUCCAGCAAUGAAGAAACUUUUAAAAACUGAGAUUAUAUCACUGGUGAUGCCGCUAUAUGAAAGAUUCUAUGGGCGCUACAAAGAUUCAUUCAAAAAUCCACGAAAACACAUUAAGUACACUCCUAAUGAGUUAAUGUCUGUAUUAAAUUCUCUAGGAAGAUAA